AUGGAGAUGGAUGGAAUGUUCGACCUGGAUCUCACUCUUGUCCUGCCACAGUUGGCUGUGGAGGAGAUCUCCUCAAGUACCUAUGGAACAGAGUCAAAUGAGUCUCUGAUAUCCAAUAUGCCCACCAUCGUCGUCUCCAUUUCAACUGAUAAUAUUUGUCCUGUUUGCAUGGAAGAGUUAAUCCACCAUCAACCACCAGCAUUAACCGCAAUAGAAGAAGAAGAAGAAGAAGAAGGCAGAGGAGCAGCCAAACAGAUGCCGUGUGGCCACGUCUUCCACUCGUCUUGUAUCUCAGCUUGGCUCUCCCUCCGUCGCUCUUGUCUUCUCUGCCGCCACCUCUUACUCAACUAA